UUAUGGUAUGCAGGGCAUCAAACCGCUAGCUUCCGUGAUGUAGCUGACAGAUUUAAUGUGACUAUCAGUGUUCUACAUAAAAUUAUCAAAAGAAUGAUAUAUUUCUUAAGUAACCUUUCACCUGAGGUUAUAAAAUGGCCAAAUGAUGUGGAGAAGCAGGAAAUAGAACAGUAUUUUCGCCAUAAAAAUACGUUUCCCGGAAUUAUUGGGCUAAUUGACGGAACCCACAUUAAAAUAGAUAUACCCCAGGAUGAUCCUGACUCCUAUAUUAAUCGAAAGGGCUUUUACUCUGUUCAGGUGCAACUGGUAUGUGACCAUAAUCUUCGCAUUACUGACAUAUUCACAGGGUAUCCAGGAUCCGUACAUGAUGCCCGAGUGUUCAGAACAUCUCCAUUAAGUGAGACAUUGGAAGAAAAAUGUGGAGAAUUUCACUUGCUAGGAGACAGUGCUUAUCCAUUAUUAAAAAAUGUGUUAACACCCUUUCCAGAUAGAGGCCUGUUAAAUAGACAACAAAUUAAUUACAAUAUACAACAUUCCAGCAACAGAGUAAAGAUUGAGCACUGUAAUGGGGUAUUAAAGCAAAAAUGGCGUCAGCUGUAUCAUUUGAAAUUAAGGGAUAUUAGGCUCAUCGUUAACUUCAUUAGAGCAUGUUGUGUUCUUCACAAUUUAGGGUUGCAAGAUGGUGUUGCACUAGAUUUAGAAGAAAAUGUAGAACCAGUUGAACCUGCUCCACGUCUAGACCCCGAUAAUAUAGAACAGGGCAUUCAGGAAGAUUUAAAUGCUGUAGCAAAACGAAAUCACAUUGUAAACAUCCUUGGACAAUAAAUGCAUAAUAAUUUUUUGGGACUUGCCCAAUACCAAGGGACAUUGUUUAAAGUCUGCCAAAUUAUCUGUCACUUCUUGUGUAAGCCAUACA